AUGUCAAACGAUGGAAUUGAACUAAGUCGCCUGAGCGUCAAAUCCCAUGUUCAACAUAGCAUGAGCGAACAACGAUUUCACAGUCGCACUGGAUCUAAUUCUGGCUACGAUGGCGGGAUUUCGACAUCCAUGUCUAGUGGAAAGCGUAUGGAUAGAAGCUUCGGUUCGCUGUCGAUACUUUCAUUAUCAAUCACCUUACUCUCCUCGUGGGAGUCUAUCGCCAAUUCCUUUGAGCAAGGUCUUGUCAAUGGCGGUCCAGCAGGUCUUGUCUGGGGCUUGGUCUUAUCACUGACGGGCACAAUGGCGAUGGCGCUGUCCCUCGCCGAGCUAUCUUCUAUGUGCCCGCUAGCAGGAGCACAGUACCAUUGGACGGCCGUCUUAGCACCCCCAAGAAUUCAAGCCUUCAGCACUUGGAUGCAAGGAUGGAUCACUGUAUUCGGAUGGCAGGCGGCAACGACAAGCAUAUGCUACCUUGUCGCAACCCAGAUUCAAGGAAUGGUUCUCCUCAACAAUCCCAACUACGAUCCUCAACAAUGGCAUGGAACUUUGCUCAUGUGGGUGAUCGUCAUCAUAUCGGGCCUACUGAAUGUUUAUGGGAUCAAAAUCAUGCCCGCUCUACAGAUGCUCGGUGGCAUCAUGCAUAUCACCUUCUUCAUCGCAAUUGUCGUUCCAUUGAUCCUUCUAGCACGUCGUAGCACCUCCGAAUUUGUCUUUACAGAGCUAUCGACGGCAGACGGAGGCUGGCAGUCAAAUGGCAUUGCCUGGUGUCUCGGCAUGUUAACUGUAACCUACUGCUUCCUUGGCUUCGACGGCGCCAUUCAUAUGAGCGAGGAAGUGCGAAAUCCUGCAGUCACUAUUCCACGGAUUUUAGUUCAGACAAUUGUCAUCAAUGGCAUAUUGGCUUUUGUCUUUCUUCUCGUGCUGCUUUUCUGCAUUGGUAAUGUUGAAGAAGCACUUAGCCCGGCGUACAUGUUUCCUAUCAUUGGUGUUUUCAAGCAAGCAACCCGGUCCGUGGGAGCAGCUACUGCCAUGCAAACAGCAAUCACUUUGAUUGGCAUGAUUUCAAAUGUUGGUGUGAUCGCAUCUGUCUCGCGACUUACUUGGGCGUUCGCUCGAGAUGGAGGGUUACCGUUCUCAACAUACUUCGCUCGCAAGGUUGACCGCAAACACCGCGUACCAAAGCGAGCUAUCGAGCUCGUCUGCGCUGCUGUCGUUGUUUUGUCUUUGAUUAAUGUCGCCUCAAAGACUGCACUCAGCGCCAUUCUCGCUCUUUCCACCAGUUCUCUUUAUGUUUCAUAUCUUAUCCCGAUCGUCAUGAUGAUCAUCCGACGGCUCGAUACCAGCAGCCGCGGCCCUAUUCCAUUUGGGCCAUGGUCGCUCGGUCGCUAUGGGAUGGCGAUCAACAUCUACGCUCUAGUAUUUGGCACCUUUGUGUGUAUAUUCGUUCCUUUUCCCACACAGAUUCCCGUCACCGCCGCGAACAUGAAUUGGUCCGGUCCUGUCUUCCUCGGUGUAUGCAUUUUGCUCGUGAUCGACUGGACUUUCCGCGCCCGGCAUAAGUACAUUGGCCCAGCAAAAGACCUUCUACAUUCGAAGAGCAAAAUCAACGCUGCUUAA